CAAGCCCAGCUUGAAUUACAACCCUAACAUUUCUCGCUCUCCUUCCAGAAUAAGAGGUCUUACAGGUACAAAACCCUAGCGCCAUCAGAAGUCAUUUGGAUAGAAUAGAAGGCGUCGUCGCGGCGGAGCAGCAGCAGCACCAGCUCCAACACCAACAGCCAUGGGUAUCGAUUUGAAAGCAGGUGGUAAGAGCAAGAAGACCAAGAGGACUGCCCCAAAAUCCCAGGAUAUUUACCUCAAGCUUCUUGUCAAGUUGUAUCGAUUUCUCGUGAGGAGGACGGGAAGCAAGUUCAAUGCGGUGAUACUGAAGCGGCUGUUCAUGAGCAAGAUCAACAAGCCUCCUGUCUCCCUCUCCCGCUUGGUUACUUUCAUGCAGGGAAAGGAGGAUAAGAUUGCUGUGGUUGUUGGGACCAUUACCGAUGAUGUUAGGGUAUACGAAGUCCCUGCACUAAAGGUAACUGCACUGAGGUUCACAGAGAGGGCUAGGGCUAGAAUUGAGAAGGCAGGUGGUGAGUGCUUGACAUUUGAUCAGCUGGCACUCAGAGCUCCGCUUGGGCAGAAUACGGUACUCCUUCGAGGACCUAAGAAUGCUCGUGAAGCAGUGAAACACUUUGGUAAGGCUCCUGGUGUGCCACACAGCCACACAAAGCCUUACGUGCGAUCCAAGGGAAGGAAGUUUGAGAUGGCUAGAGGCAGGAGGAACAGCAGAGGCUUCAAGGUUUAAGUUUCAAACAAUGAUCGCUACACAAAGUGAUCUGUCAAACACUAUAUCUACCUUUUUCCUUGUUUUUUUCAUCAUGGUCCAUUUCUUUUAGCUUCAGACAAUGGAAUAUCUGUAGCUUGUUUUUGUCAUUAUCUUUGGUUAGCAGUUUUCCCCCUGAGUAAGUAGACAAUGAAGCUUGAGGUUUGAGAUGUUUAUGGAGACUUAUUAUGUCUGUUUUGGCAUUUCAAUUGAUGGAAGUGAAACCAAGUAUUUAUCGUAA